UGGACCCGACGGCUGCGGAGGCGGCGGCGGCGGCUAGCGGGGUGGUGGUCGCCGUCAACGCGGAGGGGCAGGUGUGCGCUGUUUGCAAGUCGGAGGGCUGCUGUAUCGGCGCCGCGGAGCUCAGCAGCUGUAUUGAGAUUGCUACUGCGCUGGCGCCGAAGCUGCUGCAGCAGAUACGCGCCGCCAUGGCUGCACACGACGCGCGCCGGCAGGAGGCGUUAAAGGGGCAGUUUGUCUGGGCGCAGAAGCGUAGCGGAGUCAGCAGGGCGGAGACGGAAGAGGCGAAACGGGCAAGGACGGAGGGCUGA